AGGAAGGGAAAAAAAUAAAAGAGGGUGUUUCUGAUGCUUAGAUGGAUGGCUGAGGCAGCACAGCUCCAGGCAGAGCAGCGAGCACCAUUUUAGCAAGAGCUCUGAGCGGGGAAAACGUGGGCUGAGACGGAGUGAUAGAAGAGGAAAAAAACAAACCAGAGGAAGAACAGAUGGCCAGUUGGUUUGAGAGGUAAAAAUGACUGAGUAUAUGUAGGUAAGAGUGAGAGAAGAGCGGACCGGAAAACAAAGGGACAGAGGGAUAAAAGGGGAGGAAGGAAAAGACAAGGAGGCAUGAGCACGAACAACAGAGAUGCAGCAUCCCAUUCUCUGCUUUUUAUUCUGACAUCCUGACUAAGACACGGAGAGGAGGAACCAAAGGGAAAAAAAACUAGAGUGGUGGAAGAUCGAAAGUAGAAAGAGAGGGGAGGUGCCUGUUCCUCAAAGAGGAGAAAAGGAGUAAAGGAGGAAGGGGGUUUGGGGAGGGGAGGCUGGGGUGCUCAGCACAUAAAACACAAGAAGCCUCACAGCGCGCAGCUUCACACACACGCUGACACAGAUAGGCACCCAGCCUCCACUGGCAGGCCGGGGCAACACUGGGCAUUGGCAAAGUGGCAGGAGAAGCAGAGGAGGCAACCGCUGGGGCAGAGCGGAGGAGGAGAGCAACACUAGAGGACAACGACGGAGAUAGCCGAGGAGGAGGACGAGGUGACGUGGUGUGGUGUGGAGGCUCGGCGCUGAGGGAAAGACGACGGGGGAGGGGCAGUGGUGCUGAGGAGGAGGAAGAGGAGGAAGCCAGGGGACUGAUGGCUCGCGGCAGCGGCUCAGGAAGGUGGAGCAGGCAGAGGUUGGGAUUCUUCAACACUAUGCUGCGCUGCAACCUCCCCCCAGAGACCCAGAAAGUGGUGGUGUUCCUCAUCAUGAUGCUGCUCAUCAUCAUCAAUGUGGUGCUCAUGUUCCUGCUGGCCUUCCAGUAGAGCGCACACACACAGACCAAUACUCUCUCUGUCUCUCUCUCUUUGUCUCUCUCUCUUCCUCACACACACACACACACACACACACACACACACACACACACACACAAAGACCAGAUGAAGUGAAACACAGAAGGACCAAGAAGCAGAGGAGGACUGCCCUGUUGAUGAGCGGGGCUGAGAUUGAUGGGGGUCCAACAUUGCAGAAGCAGAACACAGCUGAUCAGUGAUGGCAGCGUGGUGUAUGCUGAGGCCCUUUGGGACCAUGUCACCAUGGACGACCAGGAGCUUGGCUUCAAGGCUGGUGAUGUCAUUGAAGUAGUGGAUGCCACUAACAAGGAGUGGUGGUGGGGUCGCAUCAUGGACAGCGAGGGCUGGUUCCCUGCCAGCUUUGUACGGUUACGUGUGAACCAGGAUGAGCCCAUGGAGGAGUAUCUGGCCCACCUGGAGGAGGCUCAGCCUGGAGAGGAGAACCGCACAGGCCUGGGCUUGUUGCUGGGACCUGGUUUACCCUGCAAAGAACAGAUGAGAACCAAUGUCAUCAAUGAGAUCAUGAGCACAGAAAGAGACUACAUCAAGCACCUGAAAGACAUCUGUGAGGGUUACAUCAAACAGUGCCGCAAGCGGACAGACAUGUUCACAGAAGAGCAGCUUCGUACCAUCUUUGGCAAUAUUGAAGAGAUCUACCGUUUCCAGAGGAAGUUCCUGAAAGACCUGGAGAAGAAAUUUAACAAGGAGCAGGCGCACCUCAGUGAGAUUGGUUGCUGCUUCCUCGAACAUCAAACAGAUUUCCAGAUCUAUUCAGAGUAUUGCAACAACCACCCCAAUGCCUGCAUUCAGCUCUCUAAGCUCAUGAAGGUCAACAAAUACGUGUUCUUCUUUGAGGCCUGCCGACUCCUCCAGAAGAUGAUUGACAUUUCCUUGGAUGGCUUCCUACUCACUCCAGUUCAGAAGAUCUGCAAGUACCCACUGCAACUGGCUGAGCUGCUCAAAUACACCAAUCCACAGCACAGAGACUACAAAGAUGUGGAGGCAGCCUUAAAUGCCAUGAAGAAUGUGGCCAGGCUAAUCAAUGAGAGGAAACGGCGUCUCGAGAACAUUGACAAGAUUGCCCAGUGGCAGAGCUCUAUAGAAGACUGGGAGGGAGAAGACAUCCUCAGCAGGAGUUCUGAUCUCAUCUUUUCAGGGGAGUUAAGCAAGCUGUCCCAGCCUCAGACUAAGAGUCAACAGAGAAUGUUCUUUCUCUUUGACCAUCAGAUGGUGUACUGCAAAAAGGACCUCUUGCGGCGGGAUAUGCUGUACUACAAGGGUCGGAUGGACAUGGACCACAUGGAGGUGAUAGAUGUGGAGGAUGGCAAGGAGAAGGACUUCAACAUCAGCAUAAGGAAUGCCCUGAAGCUGCGGUCACUGGCUAGUGACGAAGUCCACCUCUUGUGUGCCAAGAAGCCAGAGCAGAAACAACGCUGGCUGCGAGCCUUUGCUGAUGAGAGGAUUCAGGUCCAGCAUGACCGCGAGACAGGAUUCUCUCUCACAGAAGUCCAGAAGAAACAGGCCAUGCUUAAUGCCUGCAAAAGUCAUCCAGCUGGGAAACCUAAAGCAGUGACCAGACCUUACUACGAUUUCCUUCUGCGACAGAAGCACCCCUCUCUCCCCACUGCUUUGCCCAAGCAGCAGGUCUUCAUGCUGGCUGAGCCCAAGCGCAAAACCUCCACCUUCUGGCACAACAUUGGCAGAUUGACACCUUUCAAGAAGUAAAGAAAAAAAUCAGAAAGGAAAAGGAAGCUGUGGAGAGAAGAAACAAAGGAGAAGGAAGAGAGGAGCUCUCUGUUCAUGCCUCAAUAGACCCUUUUUAAUGAUCUAUUUUCUUUCUUUCUAUUCCUAACAUGGCUCUAAUGACAAACUGAUUUAUUGUACAGAUGAGGAUGGUUAUAAUGUUAAGGAGAUUCUUUUUUGAAAGCACUUUAUAGGUUGGUUAACAAUCAGACUUUAGAAUGGUCUCCUGUAGACACUGAGUGAAACAGGGAGAGUGGACUCUUGCUUAACUUACUACUAUUAGUACUCCUACUCCUACUCCUACUCUUACUACUACUACUACUACUACUGUACUGCUAUGAGUGACUUUGGGACUCCUGACUGUGUUGCCUCUAUGAAGACGUUGGCUGUCAACAAAAUUAUGUCAUUUGUUUCCACUGUUGUAUUGUUUUACGAUUUCACAGUUGCCAAGCGUUCACAGUGUCGGAUGAUUUGUUUUUAUUUGUUUGUUAUGUGUCUGUUUAUGAAAAAAAGGGGAAAGACAGGGGUACUUUCCUGUGCUUUUCUAUAAAGGCCCAUUUCCACUGAAGAAGUUCCUGGUACUAUUUGGGGGGCAGGAACUACUACAGAAACGUCCUCUCGCUCGGCCCUCUCAACCGCCGUGUCUCCACUGAGAGAGCGGAGUAGGAGGAAGGAUCCUGUACGUGACGUAAUCGUUGCACGACCAUUUUGACCGGGGUGACGUAGGGGCGUAGGGACACCGUUAGCCAUUAGCUGUGUCUGUAAUAACUCCGGUCACGGUCCGUGAAAAAAAUAUUUUCUCCAGCGCAUGUCUUAGUUACAACAUGAUUGAGCUAACUGGAGUAGUUUCAUGUUGUAUCCGACAACAGGAGGCUUUUAACAGAUGACGUCCUGAUGUCAUCGUGAUUUCCCAAAACUGAAUAAAUACCACACAUAACAACACAAAACUGCUUUGCUAGCUCAAUCAUGUUGUAACUAAGAUAUCUGCUGGAAAAAAUAUUUUUAUUAUUAUUAUUAUUAUUAUUAUGAUUAUCUUUAGUUAUUAUUACAGACACCGCUAACAGCUAACGGUUAGCCGAGCUAAUCUAUGAUAACCAUGUUGUUAUUUACAAAACGUCACAUCCCGCCUUGAGUAUAUCCAAUCAGCACCAAGUAAUCCCCAAGCCCCAGCCAGGAGUUUCUCGGGGCCAUUCUGAGUACCUACUCCGAGGCAGGGACUUGUUAAGCCCCUGUAAAAGUUACAGAACUCUGUCCUUUGGGGGUGGUUCCUGCAGUGGAGACACGCACCAACGACCCCCGGAAACAGGCCUUAAGUUUUUAUCUGCCAGGGUUUAGUUCUGUAUGCCUCUGGUGCAUUUAUGGUAUUUGCCCCCCCACAAAAAUACUCAACUCAUCACUGAUUGGGAAUUUUAUAUUCAAACAAACAGCAGCAACCCACAAACACAACUAGGUGGCAACACACAUUCCUUGAAUCUGAUCCAUGACACCUCCUUAAACACUACCAUGUUAAUGAAAACAAUCUGUUCUUUAUUGCUUUCUUUUUCUUUCUUUCUUUCUUUCUUUCUUUCUUUCUUUCUUUCUUUUUAAGUGUCAUUUGAAGUGUGUAAUGGAUGACUUAAAAUGACACGCAUGGAUGUGAUGAAAAAAUACUGUGAAGAAUAUUAUUUAUCUGUGAAGAAUCCUGUUCAGGAACUGAAGUGUCAUCGUGCUACUAGGUUGACGGCAUCACACAACACACACACACACACACACACACACACACGCUUUUAUCUACCAUUCCUUUUGACAGCCAGUGUUCCUGAUCUGUGUAUCUGGUCUCCAGUAUAAAUGCAGCCCACUCUGUCAGUGCAGUCAGCGAAAUAUGCUCCUUUUAACCUUUACGUUCAAAUGUUUUAGCUUCCGACAAUAAGGAAUAUUAAACAUUCCUAUGCUGUCAGUUGUGACUGUAAGUCGGGGUGAUUAUUACAAUAUUUUCACACUGAAGUAUUGCACUGUUCGGCAGACAUCACGGCGAAGUGUAGGCACAUUGUGAUGAAGCUCUGUCAUUAGCUUAGCUGAGGGUUUAACUUUCAUGUUGAACUUACACAUGAUAUUCAAGUGAGGUUUAAAGGGCCAUACCAGUGAUUUUGUAAGUGUAACCUCCUAAACAGUUUUCAUUAGCAUGCAGUACAUUUUUUAUAUUUUUUUCCUAUCAAGAUUGUCAUACCCUAUUCUUUUCUGUGCAGUAUGAAGAUGAAAUUGUGUCAUCCAUCACACUGUACAAAUCUGAUUUCUUUCUACAAUACUAGCUGAGGCUACAGAUGACCCCGCCUAAGGCCAAGGGGGGGCCUAUGAAAAGUCUAUGGUUGACCCUUAAAUGGGAACAAGUACAACAAUUAACUUAGAGUUAAAUAAUUGACAAUGCAAGUUAUGUGUAUUCAUAUGCUAAAUAAAUAUAAUUUUAUAAUUGAAACACAUUUCAAUGUCCCAUCUGACCCACUCUGUCCACCUGACAGAGGGGUUCAGAUGUGCAAUACGCAGAGCUCACAAGUGUUGCCAGAUAAAACAGGCAAAGCUAAAGGUGAGAAGUGAGGUCUUGUCUAUGCUGUCUUGUCAGAAAGGGGGACAAAUACCGCUCAAAAGUUACACUAAAUGUUGGCGAGGAAAAAAGGAGUAUUGUCAUUUUUCAAAAUAGUAUAUUUAAAUAUUUCUGCAAUCUGUGGUCCCUAAACAGUCUUGGGAUUACAUAAAGUGGGUAUGACUGGAAAACUGAGAGAUGACAGCCAUUUACUCUUUACACUAUGUAAGUUCUGCACACAAUUUGACUAAUAUUUAAUCAAAGUAGCCCUCUUGUGGUUGAAUGCAUGAAUGAAUUUUCUCUAAUCAUUAACUGGACACACAUGUGAGUACCUCUGCUUUUCACAAAAGGAAAAUAAGAUCUCAACACAGAGUUGAUACAAACUUCACAGUGGGCAUGGAUGAGGAGGCCAUUUGGAAAAUGUUGUCCCCUGCCUAUAUUUCCUAAUGGCUGGCCAGCUUUGAGGUAAAUCAUUAUCUUUUAUAUACCCUGCAUAUAUACCAUGCAUGCCUAUUAAUAGGCUGCCAAUUAAUUAUUUGGCUACAAAUGAACAUAAGUGCAAUUUAUGUUAAAUAAAAACAGGAACACUCUGUUUUCAUAUUUAGAUUUUUGAAUUAAUAACUGAUGAGGAUGAAAGGGUGUCAGUUUCAUAGUUAUUUAAUACAUUUGACCAAUGCAUUAGUCAAUUAACAGUUUUAAAUACUGUCUGUUAAAGCCUUUUAAAAUAAUUAUGGCUUUAAUAUGUUAUGCAUUUAGUUAAAAGGUGUAUGCUGUGUUGUGUGUUUUGUGAAACAGCCAAGUGUUUAUUAUUUGUGCAUAUGUAUGGUCAGAGGCAGUUCUAAAUCUGUUCAAAGAGUAGGAACAAAUUCCGGUAAGAACCCCUGGUAAAACCCCUGGUUUUUACUAAGAUGUUUGUGUAAGCACACACUGUUUGUGAAUGAGGCCCAUUGUUCUUGUGAUUGAUAAAAUACAAUUGCUGAUUGGAGGUCUGUGAUGGGAUGAAAGUCAAGCAUGUAAGUCAGAUGUGCUAAAUGUCCAUCUACCACCCUAAUCUUCACACCUGUACUUUUUGCCUUGCUACAUAAAGGAAACACUACUACCUGUAUUGUUUCUGAACAUCAGCAUUGGAGGUAACCAUGUGGUGCAGAGUUGUCCAUAUGGACAUGAUUCCUUUAAAUACUGGAAAUUAUAUUCUAACAAUACUCUGUUUAAAUUACAUCAGCCCCCACAACUAGGGCUGGGUAUCAAAGUUCAAUACUUUUGGGGUACUGACUGAAAAAUGUCCGUAACGCAGGGUAUCAGCAAUUGUCAAAUACAGAAAAGUGGCAUUAUGGCAUUAAUUGCAUGAUAAUUUUGCAUAUUUUUAGACUAGAAUUUAUUUUAGAAAAGUUCUUGCACAGCUGCUUUUUGUCAAGACAAAAUUAAACACUACUGGAUAUCUCAAGUUUGGCUUAUUUUGUAAAAACUGGUUUAAUAGAAAAAAAACAUCAUAUUCUUAAAUCAAUGUUAUUGUGAAAGAAAAAGUUUCAACCACUGGAGGGCACUGUGUCACCUGUCAUUGCUCACUGGGCCACCAUAGAUGGCUAUUUCUCAUGAUUUAUCUACUGCAGGUGUCUGCAGAGGUGAUGUUCCUUGCUUCUCUCUGUAAGAAAAUCAAGGACCUAGCUACAAAGGGAGGUGUUCAGGCCCAGGAGGUCAAACUUCCAUAUCAGCUUCUGGGAAAUUAUUGUGUUAAAUGCUGUACUGAAAACAAUAAACAGCAUUCUCACAUGGAUGUUCUUUUUAUCUAGGUGUGACAGAGAUGGUGGAGAAUAGAGGAAAUGGCAUCACAUGUUCACCUGUAGGGGCAAAUGCAAACUGGAGUAAAGUGAGGUCAGAGAGCCAGGAUGUGGAAUGGCAUUUACAGUCGUAUGUUCUACAAACAGUAAACAGUGGCUGUAGACUGUUGAAGAGUUUCAACACUUCUCAGAUUGUACUAGAGGAAUGAGACACCCCUGUCCACAUGAAAAGAGGUUAGUCAGCUGGUCAGCUGUAGUCUGACUUUAUUGUCUAGGGAACAGACAUUAGUGAAGAAAAUAGUUGAGUUUAUCUGCAAAGUCUUUAGCCUAGCAUGAAUACUGACUUGUUUGCCACGUUUAUGUUUUUAUCUUACAGCGCCUCUGCCAUGUCCUUGUUCAGAUGGCAGCAGUAGAUGGUUCAAUAGCUUUGGGCCCUGGCUCUUGUGCAGCUUUUCCAUUGUGGAGUCAAUAUUGUAUAUGUAACCCAGGUCUCUAAUGGGUAAAUAAAAUGAAAUAAGUCAAACUAAGUGUCUUAUCCUUAUAUUCAGAGUAUCUAUAUAUACUAACUUGAAUAUUAAAGUCUAACCCGGUGAAUGAAAAUCACAUGGGUUCAGUAGCCAAUCAGACCCACGCUCAACACUACAAACAGGAAGCAGCUGCGUUGUUUGUCAGAUGAAUGGGGAGGCUGGAAGCGGAGCGUCUGCAAACGGCUAUCCUGUGUGUAUUCUGUGUGAAAUCCUGCGAGGAACUCUGGUUGCAUGAGGGCUCUUGACAGGGGGAAAUUGGCCAGGCUUUUUGAAAAUGGAGAAACUUGAGCAUGAAGAACGCAUGAUGGCAAGCUAAUCCCAACCUAAUCUGGACCAAGAAGAACUGCAACCAGCAUCUCACCUGCCAAGGCGGUAGGCCAGACUGCAGCCAGCCCCAUUCAUCUCUUUUCCCCCUUCACACGCACACACUCAUUUCCUGGAUCAACACAUUAACCUCUCAUUGACUGACUAAUUGACUAAUUGGAGUAAGUGACUGAUUGACUAAUUGACUUUUCCCCCAUAUGGACUGUGUUGAUCAAGGGGAAGUGUGAGGAGGUCCACUCAAGCAAAGUAAUCUUGAGUUGGAGUAUUGGUUGUUUUGGUUGCAUUUACAUUUUGUUUUCUUCUGGUUUAAUAAUCUAUUGAAUUAGUGGAAAGAAAAAAAAUACUGGUCCUUGAACAUUUAUCUUGUUGGAUCCAAAGAAUUUAAUCAUCGGUGCACCAGAUUCUAACAAUCAGAUUUCUGAUCAGAUGUUAAGCUAUCUUUGUACAGUGACAACUUUAGUGUGUUACACACACACACACACACUGGUAUUUUGCAUAAUCUGAUUUAUUAUAAUUUUUUUGUACUGAAUAUAUUUUUUUGUAUGGCCACUCUUUUUGUUGUUUAAUUUAUUUAUUUUCCCUUUUUCUAUAUCGUCAAUACAUG